UAAAGUAUGAGUAAGAGAUAGGCUACGUUGAAGCACUGAAACGUGCCUAUGAGCGUGUAUCCCUUUCUAUAAAAAAACACACAGACAGGAGGGGAGGACUGAACAUUUGUCAUAGCAAACAAGUCGGGACAAGAUUGUUUUACUGGAUACACACAGACUGGCACAAAUCCCUCAUAACGGUUUUCCUGCUGACUGUUUGCACAGAGGUGUGUCUUCAUAAAGAAUAAGAGACAACUCAGUCUAAGAAGCUUCACUUUGUGAUCAGAAGAGUCAGUUUUCUUCUGAAUAUCGUCCAUCAGGCAGAAAAGAUGGAGCGGAUGGAAGAUGAGAAGCCGAAGAAGAAGGUGACUUUUUACCUUCUGUACUGUGUUUCAACAGCAGUCAUCGGCUCGCUACAGUUUGGCUACAACACCGGGGUCAUCAAUGCACCAGAGCAGAAACUGCGUAGGUUUUUCCAGAAUGUGUCGAUGGAGCGGUACGGGGAGCCUUUCAGUCCAGGGACCAACACCAUGGUGUGGAGUAUUGCUGUGGCCAUCUUUAGUAUUGGAGGCAUGGUCGGGUCUUUCUCUGUUGGAGCCAUGGUCAACAAAUUUGGCAGGCGCAAGUCCAUGAUGCUAGCCAAUAUCCUGGCUGUAAUUGGCGGCGGUUUCAUGGGACUGUCGAUUCUGACUAAAUCUUUUGAGAUAGUCAUUGUUGGCCGGUUGAUCAUCGGCGUCUUCUGCGGUCUGUGCACGGGACUGACACCCAUGUAUGUAGGCGAGAUCUCUCCCACUGCUCUCCGAGGAGCCUUUGGCACGCUGCACCAGCUCGGUGUAGUUAUUGGCAUCCUGGUGGCACAGAUCUUCGGUCUGGAGUUUCUGCUUGGCUCAGACACUCUGUGGCCUCUUCUGCUGGCUCUGACCAUCCUGCCUGCCAUACUGCAGAGCAUCAUGCUGCCCUUCUGCCCUGAAAGCCCCCGAUACCUGCUCAUUGUUCUCAACCAGGAGGAGGAAGCAAGAAAAGCGUUGGUGCGUCUGCGCGGCUGUGAAGAUGUGAGCGAUGAUAUUGAGGAGAUGAAGGAAGAAGGGAUGAAGAUGGCCUUGGAAAAGAAAGUGACCAUCCCUGAACUCUUCCGCUCCCCAAACUACCGUCAACCAAUCAUUAUUGCUAUCGUCCUCCAGCUCUCUCAGCAGCUGUCCGGCAUCAACGCUGUCUUUUACUAUUCUACAGGAAUAUUUGACACAGCUGGUGUUACUCAACCCAUCUACGCCACCAUUGGGGCUGGAGUUGUCAACACUGUGUUUACUGUUGUCUCUCUCUUCCUGGUUGAAAGGGCGGGGCGAAGGACAUUGCACCUGAUUGGACUGGCUGGAAUGGCUAUCUGUGCCCUCCUCAUGACGAUCUCCCUGUCUCUGGUGAACACCAACCAGUCUCUAAGCUACUUGGCCAUAGUGGCUGUGUUCGGCUUUGUUGCCAGUUUUGAGAUGGGUCCAGGUCCCAUCCCCUGGUUUAUUGUGGCAGAGCUCUUCUCUCAGGGCCCCCGGCCUGCUGCCAUGGCGGUCUCUGGUUUCUCCAACUGGACCGCCAACUUCCUGGUGGGGCUGGGUUUCCCUAAACUGGAGGAACUUUGCGGUCCUUACGUCUUCAUCAUCUUUAUGAUCUUCCUCAUCCUGUUCUUCAUCUUCACCUUCCUGCGAGUGCCUGAGACCAGAGGAAGAACCUUUGAUGAUAUCGCUCAGGGAUUCUCUGCCAGUGCAGGGAAAUCCCCCCAAUCCAUGGCGCCUGAGGCGGUGGUCGUCGGCCUGUCAGAGAGCAAAGAAGCUGCACCCAUGUCCCCCACGGAAAAGGUUCCCAUGGUGGAUCUACCACAGAAGCAAUGAGCAUCAUUAGUGAGAAGAAGGAAUAGGGUACAGCACAGACAACAGUUUUCAUGCACAUAUGGAUAUUGUAAGGAGUUAUAUUUUAUAACUCACAAAUGAUUAAGGUCCAGUGUAGUGUGUUUAGAAAAAGCCAGCUCAGUGUAUUAAUGCAGAAACAAGAUUUUAGUUUUUUAAUAUAUGUUUUUCAAAGAAAAUACAGUGUUUUUUUUAAAGAAUUCAGUUUUAAAUGCUAAAAUAGUUGACAGAUUUCCAUGUAAUCCUACUUUAAACAUGGGCCAAACUUAACUGAAUUACCAGUACUUAAUAUUUAUUGACAUUCCCAGUGCCAGCUCCACGCAUAUUGCCAUUAAAGAGCAUCAACAUAUGUUCAGUGUUAAGUCCCAGGUCUUCAGCUACCCCCAGUGUUAAAAGGUUGCAGGAUUUGGAGCUUUUACGUAUUGAGGUCAAGCUUGAAAAGCCGGUUUUGGAGCUCGGUAGUUUGACCCAAAAAAGACUGACUUGCUGUCUUGUCUGCCUGCCUCAUGUGCCUCGCUGCUAGGGGGAGGGAGCUAUGUUGCAUCGAGUAGACAGAACAAACAUGGAGGAGGGGCUGCAGACUUAAAAUAAAUAUAUUUAAGCAUAUAGAAGAUAAGAAAUAUUUGUUCUCAUCCACGUCCCCUGAGAGUUGAGGAUGCUUGUGUGUUGUUUGAAGUCAGCUGUGUUUGCGCGGAUAAAUAAGUUACAAGAAGGACAGUUCUGUGAAUUGGUACUGUCUGCCUCAAGUAUAUUGUUUGUAUAAGUAUGAGAUGUAUUAGCACUGCCAAGCCUUAACAAAAUCUCCAUAUAGGCUUUCUGUUUUUACAAACACAACCUAAACUGUUGUGUUUUAGGAUUUCAUUGCACAGUCAGGAUGACAGAGCAAUUGUUGUAAUGCAGUCGUUCAUAGGAUGCAUUGCAGCAGUUGGAUACAAAAACUCAGGUGGCUGCUUGUGUUGUACUGUUGUGGCAUUGAAAAUUUAUUCAUCACCAUCACUGUACUUGAAAGUCUUUUGACAUCUGUACGUAGCGGUAACUACUGAAUGAUAGGACAGAAAUAAAAUAUCUUACAAUCUCUCAAAUCAAAAGUGCUUGUCAGUAUUAAACUGUUGUUUGAGUAAUGUGUUCAAACACAUUCGACUGAUAACUAAAUGACAACACAUAUCACAGUACAAACAAGAUAUUAGUCAUGUUGGGUAAACACUAAACAGAUAUUAUUUAUUUAACGCACAAAAAAUGUCUUAUCACAUGUAUUUGUUUCUAAUUGUUUGAAAUUCUGUGUAUAUAUUGUAGAAUCUCAGUUACCGCAUCAUGAUCUAUUGCUAUUAUUGCCGUGCUGUAUUAUAAAUUUUACAGCUCAGUAUACUUGCUUAUAAAUGUCAAUGUUUGUACAGUUGCAUCUUCCUCUGGAUGUGCAAACACUCAAGGAAGCACUUUUGUUUGAGCUUAGCAGCAUUUUGAUUUGCACUUUGGCAAUCGGGCUACUUUCCGAUGAUUGCUUAUACUGUGUGUGGCUGUUUAUGUGUACAUAUACUGUAUGUGUUUGGGUGCAUAUGGUUUUCAUUGUAAUUUGUUUCUCAUAAUCCUGUUUCAUCUUUGUUACAUCCACUGGCUUUUCUUCCACUCUGGAAAUACUGUUACUGUGGUGAAUCUCACAAUGUUGUAGACAGAAGUGAGAAGUGACGGCGGUUGAGUGUAGAUCAGAGUCACAUAAGAGAUGACCUUUACUGUUUUUCUAUUAUAAUGUCCUCUGUUCUCCUGCUGUAAUAAUAUGAGUGACACUUGGUUUGAGAAACUAAAAAGGAAAUAAAGUUGUCCAUAUUUUAA